GCCAGCCAAACUGCAUUCAGUUCACGAGACCCCAAUUCUUCACAAACGGCCAUUUGCAACACAACGCAACGGACGUUUAAGCUUGAUUGAUAACCCUCUUGCCGUUGGUGUAGCAUCAGAUCAUCUUUUAUUAUGCCGCCUUCACAUGAACACCGGUCAAAAACACCGAAGAUGGCGGCACUAUGCCGAGCUUCAAGGCGCCCUCCCGGUUCCGGCCCACCGAGCCCAGGGAAUGGACUGUCUCCGUCGCUGUGCCGACGAGCAUAAUCACCGACUGCGUCACGCGGGAGCAGCGGACGACCAAUGUCGGCCGCGUCGCCCGCGCCCUGGCUAUCUUCUCGGUCGACGAGGUCGUCGUCUUCGACGACAGCCCGGUAGACCAGCGCAUCAGCAACGCCGACCCAGACGCCUACACCGGCGAUGUCGACCCAGCACACUUCAUGGAGCACCUCCUGACGUACCUCGAGACACCGCCCUUUAUGCGCAAGGUCCUAUUUCCCCUGCACCCGAAUCUGCGGUCUCAGGGUCUGCUACCGAGCCUGGACAUGCCGCAUCAUCCACACAAGGACGAGUGGCUACCCUAUCGGGAGGGCAUGACGCUGGAAACGCCGCCAAAGGGAGGAAAGGGGACGGAAGUGGAUAUCGGCAUGCCUAGCACAGUGAGGAUCGCCGAGUCGAUCCCGCCGAGGACGCGGGUGACGCUCAAGAUGCCCGACGACCAGUACGGCACGCCCGAGCCCGUGCAUCCCGCGGCGCCGAGGACAGAGGCCGGCUAUUUCUGGGGCUUCAGCGUGCGCAGGGCCUCCUCGCUCUCCAACGUCCUCACCGAGAGCCCGUUCGAGGACGGCUACGACAUGAGCAUCGGCACCUCGGAGCGCGGCGUGCCGCUGUCCAAGGCGUUCCCCAGCUACGAGCCGGCCAACUUCAACCACCUGCUGAUCGUCUUCGGCGGGCCGCGCGGGCUCGAGUUCGCCGCCAUGAACGACCCCCAGCUGGGCGAGAUGGGCAUCACGGGUCCGCGCACCAAGGAGCUGUUCGACCACUGGGUGAACGUGCUGCCGAACCAGGGCACCCGGGGCAUCAAGACCGACGAGGCACUGUUGAUAGCCUUGACCGGCCUAAGGAGGUUGUGGGAUAGCAGCUGACCUGUCUGCCGGAGAGUUCCUGACCCGGUACCUAUCAGCCUUUCAAACGUUCUCCCACCA